CUUUCUGAAACAGCGUAAACACGAGAAUGAAUAUCUGUCACGUGAUUACAGCGGGAAUACUUUGUGCAAUUGGAGUAUCAGAAUGCCUUGAAUGCUUCAAUUGUGUAAAUAUCGCUGACCCCCGGGCGUGUACAAACAGAGUUCAAUGUUCGAACAGCGAGUCCUGUUAUUUGCAAACGCUCCAUUCUGGCAACGAAGUACGUUACAACAUGGGCUGUCAGAACAAUCAGUUGUGCAGUUCCACUGCCGUGGAUCCCAACGGUAUCAUUGGUCGCUCCGUUCAGACCAGACAGCAGUACUCUUGUCAUGAAUGUUGCAGCAAUAACCGCUGCAAUGAUCAGCUGUGUGCCCACAGAAUACCAUCAUCGUGUAUUGACGACGCAACACUAGACUGUGCCCGUCUAAACUCCAUCCUAAACGUCUGUGCUGAUGUUCAUCAUGCCAAAACCAUUUGUCCUCAGUUUUGCGGACUCUGUCAGCUCGUUGAUGGAAACUGGGGAGAUUGGGGAGAGUGGGGUAUAUGUAGCGUUACGUGCAAUAACGGGUCUCAGACCCGCACAAGGACCUGCUCAAACCCGGCCCCUGUCCACAGUGGACUCAACUGCACUGGACCAGCUGUUGAGUCGAAAAUGUGUCCGAACCAGCUUUGUCCGGUUCAUGGCAACUGGUCAGAUUGGUCAACGUGGUCGGGUUGCUCAGUUACUUGUAAUGUGGGAGUAAGACAGAAGACAAGAACGUGCACCAAUCCUAAACCAGACCGUUCUGGGAACUAUUGCGUCGGUGAACCAAGUGAAUACACUGUAUGCCUUAAUGAACCCUGCGGCGUCAAGAUACAUGGCAACUGGUCAGAUUGGUCCGCAUGGUCAAGUUGCUCAGUCACGUGUGACGUGGGACUCAGAAAGAGGUCAAGAACCUGCACUAAUCCUAAACCAGAGCAUAAUGGAGACUAUUGCUUCGGAGAUCCUUUCGAGAAUACAAUUUGUCUUUCAGAACCCUGCCCUAACAGAAGUCAUGCAGUAGCCUUCAACGCUCACGGAAUCGACAUUUUGGCAAAUCGUGUAACUGCAUUUCCAACAGUGAUAUUCAACGAAGGGAAUGCCUACAAUGCAAGCACUGGACACUUCACAGCUCCUGUGGACGGGAUCAUCACAAUAAUCACCGCCGUCACCAAAUCACCACCAUCACCCUCAUCACCAUCAAUAUCACCACCACCAUCACCUCCACCAUCAUAA